AUGGUAUCGUUAUAUACUCGAAAUAUGACGCGAUUUAUCACAACGGCUAAUAUCAGCGUACGUUCUAUGGCGACACCACCUAAGAUGGGUGGUCAUGCUCAACUGAAUGAUUCUAAACUUCCAAUGGAUGAACAAAUUAAUCCUUCGUUCUUUAAGAUGGUAGAAUAUUAUUUUGAUAAGGGAUCACAAAUUAUUAUGCCAAAACUUAUCGAUGAAAUUAAAUCACAACAAAUGGGUGGAAAAGAAAAAAAGAAUUUAGUAGAAGGAAUUUUACAUGCUAUCAAACCUGCAAAUAAGGUUUUAUAUAUAACAUUUCCAAUUCGACUUGAUAAUGGUGAAUAUGAAAUGAUAGAAGCUUGGCGAGCACAACAUAGCGAACAUCGUACACCUACUAAAGGUGGUAUCCGAUAUGCACCUGAUGUAUGUGAGGAUGAAGUACGAGCUUUAUCUGCACUAAUGACUUAUAAAUGUUCCGUUUCUGAUGUACCAUUUGGUGGAGCUAAAGGUGGUGUAAAAAUUGAUCCAAAAAAAUAUACGGAAUAUGAAGUCGAGAAAAUUACACGUCGUGUAGCAAUUGAAUUUGCCAAGAAAGGAUUUUUGGGACCAGGUGUUGAUGUGCCAGCUCCAGAUAUGGGAACAGGUGAACGAGAAAUGGGGUGGAUUGCGGAUACAUAUGCUCAAACAGUGGGACAUUUAGAAAAUGAUGCAUCAGCUUGCGUUACUGGAAAACCAAUCGUAGCUGGAGGAAUACAUGGACGUACAUCAGCUACUGGACGAGGAGUAUGGAAAGGUUUGGAAGUAUUUUUGAAUAACGAGGAGUAUAUGUCACGAGUAGGAUUGACACCUGGCUAUGAGGGAAAGACAUUCAUCGUACAGGGAUUUGGAAAUGUUGGUUUGCAUACUACUCGAUAUUUCCAUCGAUCUGGAGCAAAAUGUAUUGGUGUACAGGAAUAUAACUGCUCCAUUUAUAAUCCAGACGGGAUUCAUCCACGAGAAUUGGAAGACUAUCUCAUCGAACAUGGCACUAUCAAAGGCUUUCCAAAAGCAAGAGCUUAUGAACCAUUCAGCGAUCUCAUGUAUGAAAAAUGUGAUAUAUUCGUACCAGCAGCGUGCGAGAAGGUUAUUCACAAGGAGAAUGCUGAGAAAAUUCAAGCGAAAAUAAUAGCAGAAGCAGCUAAUGGACCAACAACACCAGCUGGUGAUAAGAUAUUGUUAGCUCGUGGUGAUUGUCUUAUCGUGCCUGAUUUGUUUGUGAAUGCAGGCGGUGUUACAGUUUCUUAUUUCGAAUGGUUGAAAAAUUUGAAUCAUGUCAGUUUUGGGCGUUUAACAUUCAAGCACGAAAAAGAUUCCAAUUAUCAUUUGCUUGAUAGUGUACAAGAAUCAUUGAAACGGUCACUCAACAAAGAUGUGAAAAUUGAGCCAACACUUGAAUUCAAAAAUCGUAUCGCAGGUGCAUCAGAAAAGGAUAUUGUGAAUUCAGGCUUAGAAUAUUCGAUGCAACGUUCAGCAAAAGCAGUGAUCGCUACAGCACACAAAUACAACUUAGAUUUGGAUAUUCGUACAGCAGCAUAUGCAAAUGCAAUCGAGAAAAUCUAUCAAACAUAUAGAACCUUAGGAUUUACCUUUACGUGA